AUGCAGCCAGUGGGUAUCUACCAUGGCAAGUACGAGUGGGCAAACGAGAACAGUCCAGUUGGCGGUGACUGUUCAUUAUGGGUGCGUGCUGCGACGCUACAACUUGAUGAUGGACAAUGGCAGUGCCAGGUUACAGCUAGCAACUAUGAUGUGCAAGAUGCCCUAUCAAGCCCUCCAGCAGCUCUGGCCGUUCGUGUUCCUCCUCAAUCCCCAAGGAUCCUUUUCAACGGUUCCCACGUGAUUCCAGGACAGAACAUCACCGUACCAGCUGGAUCGCGGGCUACCGUUGUCUGUGAAGCCAGAUACGGGAACCCACCAGCUUAUAUAGAGUGGUAUUUAGAAAAAGAACGCCUGACAGCAUGGAGUCAGACGAACGCGUCAGAAGUGGAACGGCCCCGUGUGUGGGCGGCGCGGUCGGUGCUGGAACUUGGUGCCACGAGAUCAGCUCACGGCAGGCAACUGGCGUGCCGAGCUCACCACCCUUCAUACCCGUCGCCUUAUUACCGCGACUCUUACACCAUGCUCGAUGUUACUUAUGCCCCAGCAGUGUCCAUAGUGGGGGCUGAUGCAAGUUCUCUAGCCAAUCUAGAGGAGGGUUCCAGCGCCCUGACACUGGAGUGCAGGGCCGAUGGGAACCCAAACCCUUACGUGUGGUGGACCCGAAACGGACAAGUCUUCGGCACUAAUGGACCGAAGCUAAUUCUGGCUCCCGUUGCUCGGAAUCAUUCAGGCAUCUACGGGUGUCAAGCAAGAAAUUCAGUGGGGACAUCGGAUUCUGUCAAAAUCGAAAUUGACGUUAAGUAUCCUCCAAGAGUAACGUGGGUUGGUCCCGAUACAGUCGUCGAAGCCAAUCUCUUCUCUCAAGUGACGCUGGAGUGCAAAGCUGAAGGAAACCCGCCGCCUUCAUACCAGUGGUACCACGAUCCCUCGCCAUCAGCUCGUAUCAACAACCUGCAGCAAGAAGGGUACCCGAUAUCGUCCACUCCACAACUGCAACUGCAUAAUGUCUCCUAUAAUCAACACGGACGGUACACUUGUGUCGCGAUCAACGAAAUCGGUCUUGAGGAGAGAAGCCACCAGUCAGAAGCGGUGACGCUGAACGUGCUGGGCCCACCGGUGGGCGCGGAGACUGGCGCGGGCACGGCGCAUGCGUGGAGCGGCGGCGAGGCGCGCCUGCACGCCACCGUGUGCGCCGACCCGCCGCCGCGCAAGGCCGCCUGGCUCUGGGGCAGUCUGCGGCUUGACGUGCCUUCGCAGAUAGGUCGAUACCGCUCCGUGGAGCCGUCAGCUGAUAAUGGCUGUUACCGGUACACGCUGCUCAUCAGCAGCACCGGUACAGCAGACGCGAGGGUCUACGUGCUGCACGUGGAGAACGAGCGAGGGUUCUCUUCUCACGCCGUCUCUCUUACUGUUCAUGAUAAUUUUUCGCUAACAGAGACUGCGCACGUGGCGCCGCUGAUCGCGGCCGCGCUCGUCAUCGCCGCGCUCCUCGUGCUCGUGUUCUGCCUCAUCAUCAGAUGUAGGAGACGAAGGGAGAGCGUUGAAUACAAGACUGAUGAUUUAGAUAGCGAGAAGACAGUCCUACCGGCGGACGCAGUGUACACACCCCGGGAGCCGCGCGGUUCCCUGCAGCCAGGGCCGGGGCGAGGUAGCGUGGCGGGGGUCAUGGGCCCCGUGCACGUGCCCGCGCACACGCCGAGCCAGGCUCCGGGCGCGAGCGCGGGGCUCGCGUCGCGCUACUCGCCGGGCGCGCUGCAGGUGCGACGCGCCGCCGUCGUGCUGCAGCCCCCCACCACCGUGUGAUGUGUGCGCGUGAGCACAGGCGGCUUUGUCAUCGCUGGAACGAGAAGCCAAAGAGAAUGUAUAUGCGGUGCUGGACCCGCAUAUCCAGUACGAUAUAACGAUAAAUAAACACGGGGAACCGCCUAAAUAUUUGUCACUGUCUAAGCCUUUAACACACCAAAGAAAGCACGCUUACGAUCAUAAACCCAACAAUGAAAUAAACAAUAAUUACAUAGAAAAUAAAUUUACAACAUUCAAAUCAAAUCCAAAUAUCCGGAGAUCUAAUAAAAGUAACGAGAGAAAAAUUAAAACUUACGAACGUAAAAAUUACGUUUGCAAAAGUAAUCAAGAUAUACAAUACUCUAAGGACCCGUUUUUUGGUAUAAGAACUAAUGAAAGCACUGUAGAUAACGCACAAAAUAAUAAACACAACGAAAACGCUGGUGCAAAAAGCACAAGAAUAUACGAUAGGAAUAAUUCUGGAAGAAAAGGGAAGCAGGAGAAUAUUGUUAAAGACUCGAAAAGAGCUUCAAAUCGUAGUUACGACUAUGAAAUAGAUAGAAACAAUUUGAAGAAAAGAUGUUACGAAGAAUCUGAUGAAGUACAAAUUCAUAAAAAUACUGAAAAAGUUAUCGAAGAUGAUUGCAGACCGAGGCCUGGGAAAGUGAAAGAAAUCGCAUCAAUAUUUGAUAGAAAUAGUGUGGAAUAUUUGAGUGGAUCUAAUUUGAAAAAGGAUAGACCGAAACCGUUACAAAGUUAUGGUUAUCAAGCGUACUUAGAUCAUGUUUUUCCUGACGCAGUGGAAAUAUAGUGAUUUGUUUAAGAGACUAUAAAAAUAUGGCAACUAGAUCUCCUUUUAGUGUUAGAAUUGCGAGAAUUUAUGUAGCCAAUGCCUCAAAAUUUGGUCCCAAAUUUUCGAAACGAAAGACUUACUAAGUCUUUCACAAUUCAUGGUUGUAUUGGCAUUAAAAAUUAUUGGAAUUGGCUCUAAAAUGAUCGCGAGUUUAAAUAAGAGGUAGUUUUCCUAAUGGUACUUAUUUAUUAGUAGUUUAUGCCAUAUUCUUGUUCACGCUAGUUGGUAUGACAGCUGUCCUCUUUUGGGACUGGUGUUAUGAAAUUUUAAAUAGAUGCAUAGCCAUUUAAAAAUUGCUUAUCAUACAAUUUUUCCAAUAUAUGCACUUGGGACUAGGACGAUGAAAUACAUAGAGAUAAUGUUACUGCCACAAGAUUUUAUACUUAUAAUAUUGUAUUAAAUAUUUACAAUAAAUUUCUAUACUUUAUUGAUAUGUUUUACAUGGCCAGUUUAUUGUCUCUGAGGGAGGAACUGUAGUUUUAUAUAAUUUCUGUAUUCCUUAAGGUUGUACGAUACGUUACUGUUCAAUUGCUUGUGUGUAUAGCUUCUGUUUCUUCUGUUUUACAUUGUUGAAUUUUAACAGUAUUAAGACUUAUAAUUUA